GUUUGAUCGGCUUGACAAAAUUUCUCGUAAAUAAAUCCGUAAAAAUUUCACAGCUGUUUUACUAAAUCGUACGUGUAGAAUGUAGGCUUUAAACUUCACAGAAAAAGGUAUUAUAAUGGAUAUUCAUGAGUCACCAAAACUCUGCAAUUCAAAAGAAACAAAAAUUGCUUUUGGGCGGAUGACGUCACGAAGUAAGAUGGCUAAAGAUUUAAGAAAUGUAACGCACGAGGAAAAGAAAGAAGAAAAGACAAAACCAGUAAAAAUACCAAUUAUAUAUCUCAAGAAAAAUAAUGCACAAAGUAGCGGGCAUCUUGAUAUUGCAGGUGAACCAGCGACGAGUAGAAAAGCAAAGUCCGCAACAAAGAAGCUUGAAUUACCAAAACCAGACAAGCAACCUAGCAGAAUACCAAGGCGGAACAUAAGUUUUAUAAAGAAGAAGCCAUCCAAGGAUACUAAGGAUCACGUUUUCCUGCAAAACCAAAAUGUUCAGAGAGUACAAGUAUUUAAUUCGCCAGGUUUAAGAGAUGUGGAUGCGCCGGUUUCUGUUACUGCAACGAGGCCAAUUCCAACAUUAGGAAUCAUUUAUGGAAACACAAUAUUCAGCAGUGAUGUUUACAAUGAUUAUUUCCUAGGAUCAAUAGAACAACGCCGUGACCAGUUUCGUCCACAAGAAAGCGAAAUUGCUAAUAACUCAUCGAGUGUCAGAAGCAGUUCAUCAAAAUCUGAAGAUGUGAGCCAAAUUCAAAAGGAGCAAUCCAAAAACACUGUUGUAUUCAGGAAUUUUUUCAAAACAACAAAUGAAAAUGUUAAGGAAUGGCUUUCGUCUGAACUGGAAAAACCGACAAGAGAUCACGAAUCAGUUUCAGGUUACCAUUCAGUUAACUCUCCAAGGAAUUGUAGUGAUCCUUCACCCCAUUCAAGCUCCAAAGAAUCCAAAGCAGACAUAAUUAGAAAAUAUUCGAUGCUCUUUAAGAAACGUCGCGAGCCGAAGAAGUCUGUGUCAACAGCUGAUAUAUCUAAGAAAAGUAGUACUGCAAAUUCAGUGAAAUCAAAGACUACAAAAUUAACUGACAACCGCGAAGUAAAAACAAAGAAUCCUUUACCUAAGAUGAACACUGAUAUUAAACCUCUGAAGCCCUCGAACGUUGGUUUUUACGCAACAUUCAAAUUUCCGUCAACACCGAAUCCAACUAAAAGAAGAGAACAUGGCACCAGUGCAGGUGCAUGUGUGCCUUCAUAUGUUGAGUGUGCGUCGGAGGUUUUGCAGAAAACUACCAAUUUCGAAACAGAAGGACGAGACACACCCAGCACAUUGAAUGGCAAAGAAAACCUACCAAAUUCAAGCCAGGUGUUGGAUAAUGUUAGCGAGAUAACUGAUCAGUUGGACUGGAGAUUACCAAGUUCGCAAUGCAGUACUAUCUUCAAGACCUCCAAGGAAUCGGAGACCACUGUCAGUACUUGGCACGAUCAGAGGGAUUUAUCAAGUGACUAUUCCGCCUUUAAAUACCCAGAUAAUUGCAGCUAUCACGAAUAUUUCUACCAUUAUUGUUGGCGGAAGGAAAUUAUUGGACGCGACAAUGAUCGGCGGAACCUUCGUGAUUCGUAUGGGAGAUGCAAAAAGUGUCACAAGUAUAGGAAUUAUCCUACCAAGAGUAACAUUUCUAGAAGAUUAGUAAAAUUGAAAAACCGAAUUGCAUUAAGCCGCGUCUGCAAACAUCGCUUGAAUCGAGUGUGGAAGAAAACUACGCAGAGAUUUUCAGAUUGGUCUAAGUCUACAAAAUAUACUAAAUUUCGAAUGUUGUAUUACUUGCAACGGUAUCAUUUCGAUAAUGCUGACGUACAAACGACGAUGCUUGUCUAUCAUGAAACAGGUACUGACGCACGGGCGUUGGCUCAGAAAUCAGCAGCAAUCACGACGGAAAAUGUCCAAGUAGCUACACGGAAUGAAUUAGUUGGAUCUAAUACUUCCACUGUUCCCAAGAAUAAUCAUGUAAAUGUUGGACCUUCUAUAUUUCCAAUGGUUGUAGAGAAACAAAAACCACAAAUGAUAUCUGAAGCAAUAUCGAUUCAAAAAUCAAAAUUUUCAACGGAACCUAAACUUCAGGGAAGUGAACUUAUGAAAAACUCUAAAUAUAUUGAAACUGAAGGAGCCUGCCUUAAGAAUAUGUCUACAAAUUUAGAAAGUGCAAUGAUUCAAAAAGUCAAUCAGUGUUCAGAUACAAUGUGUAUGCCGACAAGUGCUGUCAGCGCACUGGUUUUUAAAAACGAAAUUCCGCGUCAAAUUUAUCCGCCGAAUAUGAUGAUCACGUGUCAUAAUGCAGCCACGGAAAUAACAUUUAAGCCAACGAUAGAAGCUCCUCAAAUAAACUCAUCGAAUAUUUGCCAAUGUAACCUGCCAAGAGCAAACAACUCAUCACAUACAGCUGGAGAAAUAAAAUGCAGUCCGACAAAAGUGCCUCCGGCUUAUUGCGAUUGCGGCCUUUCAACAAAUACAGAUUUGAAGAACAAUUACAGCAAUAUAGGUAAAGACAUGAUCAUAAAUCCUCUCCCGAUUUCUCCUACUGUUACCAUAAAAGCUGAGUCAAUUCUUCCGAGCGAAGGCUCCAAAAGAAAUGAUUCCAUACAGUUGAUGUCGAAUAAAGAUUCAGAAAAAUCCAACUUAAUACGUGCAACAGCUACUUCUACUCAUUCCACUUUAAAAAACAAAAGUAAAAAUGAAUCAAAUGCGACGAUGGCAUCACCAAAUUAUAAAUCAAAUAUAAAAAUAUCUACGGGCACGUUAACAACAGAAUCAAGCUUUCAAGAUACCCCAAGUGUUAUUACUGAUACAUUAAUCCCUUGUAAACGACUAGAGAAUAGAGGGUUGGCUAAACUAACGACCCCUAAAGGAACGGUGUUGACUUGUGCAGGAACGAAAAUAACUUCAGUAUCUUCCGUCAAUCUUCAAACCUGCUCCGUGUUCUGCAAACCAGCUAGUACUAUAAACACAGCAAUGACCACAAAUUUGGUUUCCACAAGGAAUACACAAUGCUUUACAGCGCCAUCUUUGUUCAGACGCCGACAAAGGGAUACAUCAAUAGGUUUAGACGUGACAUUGGAGGAUAUGAAACAAGACGGUUGGACUUCUACUAACGACAUUAUAGAUUUAAAAUGCGAUAUUGCGCUGUCUACGACAAAGUUGAUUGAUACAGCGUCGUUCAAUUGUGGAGCCCAGCUUUCUCAACGAAGUUUUAAUGAUGAUUUUCGCCCGACAACAUCAACGGUUUUCACCAAUACGGAACUGGAAGUGACGGAACCUAAAGUGUUAUUAAAUGCUUCUGUUUUGACAGAUAGAAGCAAAUAUACAACAGAAACGUAUGCACAAUACAGUAAUAAAGGCAAGAAUGAUUCGUUAGCGUCGGAAAAUAUAGGCCGCAGUCAACUGAUGUCUGUUCGUAUGCUUGGAGACUCUGUUUCGGAUAUGUCAACACAAGCCCGACCUUUAUUAAUCGAUGCAGAGACCCGCACAAUGCCAAAGGGAAUCACUUCAGCCGCUGUUUUUACUUCACGCUUCGAAUUGGAUCGAAAUCCAAGAGAUUCUAAAGAAAAUGUUAUAGAUUUAGGAAUAGCUGAGGUGAAAGCGGAUAUCAAAUCGAAUAAGGAGAUGCCCACCAAUAGCCAACAAGAGACGCCGCCACCAAAGCAGCAAGUAUUUCCCUCCCAAGCUGAGAAAUCGAACCUGGUACCACGCCAUCCAAGUGUAGUUAUAUCCAGUAACUUGAAUGCUGCCAAGUGGAUGAACGGAUGCACCAAAGAUGAUUACCAAUCAAUUAUAGAUAUUAGUGAAAUGACUGUAUCAGAGUCUUUAGAGAAAGCUACUUUGGCUGUCGCUACCUCUAAUGCCUUCAACUCCAAUUUGAGCGCGAAUCCGGAACCAGCUGUUAAUUGUAUGAGUACAAGGCCUCUAGGUGUUAUAUCGACUGUUAAUUUGGCGGAUGUUUUGCCUAAAUUUGAAGGAAAUGAACAAAAUACACAACCCACGAACGAUAGGCAAGGAGCUAAUGAAGACGAACAAAGAGAAUCUGCGCUUCAAGUCCGGCCAAACACCUGCGAUGCAGGUAUAAAUGUAAAAUUACCCCUUCUUAUUGAGCGAAGAUCAGCCACUGUUCACACAUCUCGUCAUAUUCUAAAUAGGCCGAAGAAAUGUCACGCAGAAACUGCAGGUAAUCUAAUAGACAAAUUAUAUUUCUUGUUUACUAGAGUUUCUUGCUAUAAGAUAGACGACUUCGAAGAGAUAUUCGUAAACGAAUCAACAGCAUAUGCAGUAGAGAAAAACGGCCACAUGAUGCGUGCGAUACAUGGACGUUGCGGUGUGGCAAUUUAUUUUUCCCCUCCCCGCCUCAUUAAGCAGGUCACAAAUUGUCUAUACGUAUAUGAUCGUGCCCGCUGCGUUGUUCAUAGUCAGCGGACUGACACGGGUGUCCAAAUUAAGUCCACUCAUUCGGGGUUUCGGCAGGAAAAUAAGGUAAAACCGUGGCAAGAUAAUCGUACCGUGGGCUUAGUGACGUCAGUUUUAAAACCGCAUUAUUGCCACAGACAUACCAGCGGUUCGCUUGGCGAAGUUUUGACUCCCCAAGUGUACAAGACGCUGUACGAGACGUCGAGAUUAAUUGCAAAAGACCGUUCUUUGUCGAAGGAAAUUGGAAUUGUUGAGAACAAAGCAGAACGUUCUGUGCAAGUCCUAAGAGAUGAUUGGAGUUGUGUGAUCUGUCCAUAUUGUGCUAAGAGAUUUACAGCACACGAGUUUGGGAAUUUAGAUGUAAAUAAUGAAUGGUUGGAAGCGGAGCUGGCUACAUGUUGCCGUAACCAUAGCAACUACCUAAUAAAGAAUAUCACCCGUAUAAAGGAUAACUUUAAAAAACAUCUGCCAAUAAGCCGGCCACAACGGGACUUCGUCGAAGCGUGCACAAUGAAGCCAAGCGGGCGCCAAGACAAGAAUUGUCAAGCAAAAUUCGCUCCAGAAUAUCUUUGCCAAAAUUGUAUUUUACCGCCGACAGCCAGCGCCACGGAUAUACGAGGAGAGGAAAGCCAUGACUUGCGAACUGUUUACUAUUUCCUUGCCGCCAUCGAAGGGAGAGUUCGCAGAUUGAAACAAAAUUUGUGAUCGUAGUUCAUUAGUUAUUUAAUGUUUUUAAUAAAUCAAAAUUUGUAAUCUUAGUUUAAUAGUUUUCCACUAGGUGGCGCUUAACAUCAUGAAAUUUUUAGUCAAUAAUUCUUCAUACAAUAUAAUUUGAAAUCAUAAUUCUGUUUCCAGCUAGUUAGCUUAACGCAAUGUAUUAAAUAUCCACUAGAUGGCGCUAAAUGAAACUUGUU